AUGACGUCGCAGGCAUUAUGCGAGGAAGGCAAGGCCGACCUUCGUGAUGAGCUAGACGCCAGCGUCGAGUGUGGCUCCGGCUACAUUUGUCUCUGCGGCCCACCGAGCAGUGGGAAGACGACGCUGCUUCUAAAUUAUCUCACGGCACGCGAGCAGCAUGUCCGCAACAUGAAGAGAUCCUUUCUUCUAGAGUAUGUGAGCGGCAAGGCGCUGGACGGUGAUCCGUUGCAGCGACUGACAUGGCGGCUUCAGCCGCACACGAGACGCAGGCGUACGGAAUGCACGAUUCGACAGUUUGGAUGUUUGGUGCGGCAGUGGAUGGACGACGCAGUGGAGGGGAGUGAGCUCCACUUCGUUCUAGACGACGCCGACAUGCUGGAGGACGAUGCCGUUCAUGUCAAUCAUUGGCUGUCGGAGUGUCUCACGGCGACGCCGGAGGGGCGCAAGCAAAAUAUUGUUUGUUUGUGGAUAGUUUCACAGAUGCCGCUUCACAUUUCCAACUCGUUUCGCUUCCAUUUCCUGUCGAAGCCCGAUGCGGCCGUGGUGCAAGGGUGGCUGAACUCCCUCUUUGUGGUAAAUCGCGCGUUUCUUUUAGGCGACCCCGCCGUGAACACCCCACACUUUACGUUGGAGCAGGCUCACACAGCUGUAGUGGAUGCCGUUGCUUACUACACCACGCACCUCCCAAUGCGGGCCAGCAUCGUGGCUCAGGAUGUGCGUCAGCUGCUGCAACGCGUCUAUCACAUCUUACCGUUACUCGUGCCACACUACACAUGUGGGCAUCCAAAUGCGAUGCACCACUCAGCUGCGUGGGGGAAGCGACGGGAGUUGACGGCAGUGGGAUCCAGCGGUGAUCCACUAGUGGCGGCGUUGAAGCGAAUCGGCUAUUCGGCGAUACUGUGGGCUGUGAGUGCCUUUUACUGCGGUGCUGUGCCUAAGUCAAAGCAGGCGUAUGUGUUUGACGAUCAGGAGUUACGGCGUCGUACAAACCCGUCAGGGCCAAAUGCCACUUCACACAAGGCGGCUGUUUUGUCUUCAUCCGCCCACAUCGUGCAUGUGCCACACCUCAUGUUGGUGUACAGGGCUCUGCUUAAGAUUUGUGUUCACCACAUAGACCCACUGGAAUUUGCUCCGGCGGAGACUGCCGUGCAACAUCAUCACACGUUAGUCUCGUGGGGCUUGUUGGCGCCUUCUUUACAGAACUCAAAGGCGUAUCACUGUCAUAUUCCUGUCACCUCUGCAGUUGGUCUCUCCCAACUCCUUUCGCUGAAUCUGUACGAUCUCAUUCCAAGAUGA